CUUUAGCUGGAGCUUUGUUUUGUUUGUAGCUACUUCAGAGAGGAGUGUGUGUGUGUGUGUGUGUGUGUAGCGUAGCCAAUUCGCUUUCAUGAAAUGGACUGCUGCAUUGUGUCAGCUCUGACCUGGUUUAUACCACUUUAUUUACUCAUCCACUUACUGUGUUUCAUUUUCGCGGAUGCGGACUUCACUCUGCUGUGGGCAAGUCUGGCAGGGUACAGGCCAGAGAGAAAGCUGAAAGGGCUGGUGGUGUGGAUCACUGGAGCCUCCAGUGGUAUUGGAGAAGAGCUGGCCUACCAGCUGGCAAAGUGUGGCUCCCGUCUCAUCCUUUCUGCUCGCCGUGAGAAUGAGCUAAACAGAGUGAAACAUCACUGCCUAGAGAACUCCGACCUUAAAGAUGAGGAUAUUCUUGUUCUUCCACUUGAUUUGCUGGAGAGGACAUCGCAUGAGGAAAAAGCAAAAACAGCAAUUCACUACUUUGGACAUAUUGAUAUCCUCAUUAACAAUGGUGGCCGAAGUCAGCGCUCCUUGUUCUUGGAAACCAAUGUGGAUGUGUACCAGGCCUUGAUGGAGCUCAACUUCUUAGGUACGGUCUCUAUAACCAAGCAGGUGCUGCCUCACAUGACGCAGCGCGGCAGUGGGAGCAUCGUUACUGUCAGCAGCCUAGUUGGCCUCGCUGGGGCGCCUCUUGCAACAGGAUACUCUGCGAGCAAACAUGCUCUUCAGGGCUUUUUCAAUUCUCUUCGAACUGAGCUGGCUGACUAUCCAAAAAUACUAAUUAGCACAGUGUGUCCAGGGCCAGUCCAAUCACAAAUCGUCAGCAAUGUCUUCACAGAGGAACUGAACAAGCCUGUGGCAACAGUUGGAAGCCAGGAACACAAAAUGUCAACAAGUCGCUGUGUGCGUUUAAUGCUAGUGGGAAUUGCCAAUGGUGUCAAGGAAAUGUGGAUUGCACAGCAGCCCUUCCUCCUGUUUUACUAUGCGUGGCAGUAUGCGCCCACAUUCGCCUGGGCCAUCACAGACCUGUUGGGAAGAAAGAGAGUGCAGAAUUUUAAAGCUGGUCUGGAUGCAGACUCUGCAUACUUCACUAAACCAAAGACCUCCUGAAAGCCGUGUCCUCAAGAAGAAACACUUCAUUGCAUUGCUAACGUUGGACUUUGGAUUCUGAAUUUUUUUUUUUUUUUCCGCCCAGAAGGAAGAAUUUAAGGACAUUUAUAAGCUCAGUGCUCUCUUUCCAUCUCUAAUGUAUUUAAUAUUUUUUUUCAAAUUUUUAAUGUGAUGCAUAACCUUCAUAAAUAGAUGACACAAGGCCCAAAGCAUGAUUACAGAUUUGAAUGACCUUUUCAAUGCCUAACAAAGUUUACUUUAAAUAAAUUUAAUAAAUUUUAAUCUGUGAAAAGUUGCAGACAAGCCUUUCCCCAAAGUCCAGGCACCGGAAUAGUGCCGAAGUAUUCCUAUCCUUGUGAGGUUACUCUUUCACUGAUCUUUUCUUGGGAAUAUUUGGAAUUACACUGUCUGGUUGCUCACCAGGUUUAUCAGGGGUUGCCCCCCAAUCAUAACUUCUCAGAUUAGUUGGUCACUCAUACUCACAGACUUCAUGAGUAUAACUCACUGUCUGUAAUAAAGUUCUUAAUAGUGUUGCUGUUUUGUACAGGCCCUGGAAUUGCAUUUUAAUGUGGUGAGAGUACGUUUGACAACUUUCCAGCUUUGUUUCGAAAUAGGAAUUAUUUUCUAAAUCAUGGUCAGUGUUAGAAAGUCACCCGUUUCUGUGUAACACUGUACAGUCAUGGCCUAAAAGUUUGGGAGUGGCACAAAGUUUGUUUCAUACACUUUGCUGCUUCAAUUUUUCUUUAAGUUAUUAUUUUUACGUGUUUCUAUGAUAUAGAGAAGAACAACCAUGAUCAUUUCAUCUUAAGUUACAAAGACCUUUUCUGGUAAAUCAAAUUGAUGCAGAGUAUUGACCCUUAUUCUUCAUAACCUCAGUUAUUCUCUGUGGCAUGCUGGAUAUCAGCAUAUGGGCCAAAUGGAGAUCCAUUCCUGCCUUCUUAGUGUAGUCAAAAUGAACUCGUACUUAAAAAAGGGUCGUCAAAGAUUGUAAUUGACACCGAAUUGUCUUGGAGUGGCCACAGGAGGCGGUGUGUGUGGUGGAGAGGAGGUGAAGGACCAGCAAAAGGGAAUUAGGUUUUAUGGCCCUCACCUGCUUUCUGUUGGCAUGCGUUGCCUCAUUUUCGUUUGUUUGGUGUGGCGUGGUGUCCGGUUUCCCCGUGGCUUCUUUUUCCUUGUUGGAUGUUUGCUUGGUGAGUUGUCGGUUUGAAUUUUUAUCUUCGUUUCUUUUGAAUUGUAUGGAUUGUAUUUAAGGAUUUUAUUGUUUAUUAUUAGUCUUAAGGUGACGGGCAGCCUUAUAGAUGAUCCGUAAUAUAGCACCCCUCGGUGACGGAACGAGGUACGUUUGCCUUUUGUGAUUUAGUUGUUGUGAUAAUUGUAAGUUUCCUGUUGAUGAUGUAUUGUAAAUAAAUUGUUUUUUUUGUAUCUGUUUUUAAGUUUUCACGGUGCACAAUGAAGUGGAAAUAAAGAGUUGAAGCACCUGUCGAGACUCCCGUUUAUUGACCCAGGGGCAGCUACAGUGAAAACUCGACCAUCGGAAGAGUAAGGCUUCAGCUAAGAAAAUCAACGUUAUUGCACAAGUAUUUGAUAACGGCGGUCCGGCCCAGUGUACGCCCCUUUCGCGCACCGGCGAGCUCAGCCAAUGGACGGUAUUUGUUACGCUUCUAGUUCAAGCGAACUGGGUAGCGAUACAUAAGAGACUGGUGAUAAAGCCUAUGAUUAAGUGCUUAAUGUUUAGGGUUUGAAUGUGUUUUAUAAUGUAUUCCUUUUCUCCUUUUUGGGGUUGAAGGGUAAAGUUAUAUUGAUUAAAAUAUUUGUAGUUUA